GCAGCGUACGGGGUGGAGAGGAAUCUCAGUGCUGCUGUGUUCGAUGCCGAAUCUGCUGCUUUGCUAAUAAAAAGCCCAUUUUCAAUUAGCCACACUAAUUACACAAAUCUGGGCAUGGACUCCCAGGAAGGAAGCACUACUGAAUUAUGAAGCACCACCCUUCCGGACCCUCCCUCUCCGUCUCAAGUUACCACCGUCGCUGCCGUCAUCACAGCCGCUGCCACUAGAGCUGCUGCAUUCGGACUCCCCCAAAUAAAAAUAAAGAGCCCCCAACCACCAGCACCAGCACCAGCUGCCCUGCAGACACAUGGUGCAUUGUUGCCAUUCUCAAACCCGCGUCUCCGAGCUGUGGCAUCCCGCUCACCCUCGGCAAAUCUAGGGUCAUCCCUUUCCGGAUAAAAAUAAAAGUUGUGUGUGUGUGUGUGCGCGUCUUUUUUUUAAUCCGGGGGCACACACACCCACGAGCUGCUCCUUGCCGACGCUCCCUGGUCUCGCGGGGGGUUUGGGCCGAACAUGGAGCCCAGCAUGGAGAGCUGCUUGGCUCAAGUGCUGCAGAAGGAUGUGGGGCGGCGCCUGCAGGUCGGGCAGGAGAUCAUCGACUUCAUCGCCGACAAACAGAAAUCCCAUGACCUGGAACAGGACCAGACCAUGCUGGACCGCAUGGUCGACGGAAUCGCCACCACCUGGGUCAACUCCAGCAACUUCAAGGUGGCUUUGCUGGGAAUGGACAUUCUGUCUGCCUUAGUGACAAGGUUGCAGGACCGCUUUAGAACUCAAAUUGGGACAGUCCUUCCCAGCUUGAUGGACCGCUUAGGGGACGCCAAGGACCAGGUCCGUGAGCAGGACCAAGCUCUGCUGUUAAAGAUCAUGGAUCAAGCUGCCAGCCCACAGUACGUAUGGGACCGAAUGCUCGGGGGAUUCAAACACAAGAACAACAGGACCAGGGAGGGAGUGUGCCUUUGCCUUAUCGCCACGCUAAACGCAUACGGAGCCCAAGGCUUAACCCUCAGCAAAAUUGUGCCCCAUAUAUGUAACCUCUUAGGAGAUCCCACAAGUCAGGUUCGGGACGGGGCCAUGAACUGCCUGGUGGAGACGUACAGGCACGUGGGAGAGAGGGUGCGGAUGGAUCUCAGUAAAAAGGGAUUGCCACAAUCACGGUUGAAUGUAAUUUUCAGCAAAUUUGAUGAAGUCCAAAGAUCCGGGAACAUGAUUCUCUCCUCAGCUUCAGAGAAGAACUUCGACGACGAAGACUCCGUGGACGGGGGCAGGUCCUCUUCCUCCAAGUCGGCCCCCAGCGGCCGAAAAGUUGUGAGCAUGGGCUCCAUGCGCCGGCCUGGGACUGCAGGGCCCAAAGGCACAGGGAAAGAAGGUGCCAGUGCAGGCGCUGUGGAUGAGGAGGACUUCAUGCGCGCCUUUGAAGAUGUUCCCGCAGUACAGAUUUACUCAAACAGGGAGCUGGAGGACUCCUUGAGCAAGAUCCGGGAGGUUCUCUCUGAUGACAAACACGACUGGGAGCACAGAAUCGUCGCGCUGAAGAAGGUGAGGUCUCUCCUCCUGGCGGGAGCGACAGAAUAUGAGGGCUUCUUCCCACAGCUACGCCUCCUGGAGGCCUCCUUCAAGCUCUCGGCGAAAGACCUCCGCUCUCAAGUGGUGCGCGAGGCCUGCAUCACGCUCGGCCACUUGUCCUCCAUCCUGGGGAACCGGUUUGACCACGGCGCAGAAACCAUCAUGCCCACGCUUCUCAACCUGGUCGCCAACAGCGCCAAAAUCAUGGCCACGUCAGGCAUAGCUGUAAUCCGCCUCAUCAUACGGCACACACACUACCCACGCCUGAUCCCCAUCAUGACCAGCAACUGCACCUCCAAAUCUGUGGCAGUCAGAAGGCGCUGUUAUGAGUUCCUGGACCUGUUGUUGCAGGAGUGGCAGACACACUCGCUGGAGAGGCACGUGGCGGUCCUGACCGAGACCAUCAAGAAGGGCAUCCAUGACGCCGACUCGGAGGCCCGGUCUGUCGCCAGAAAGUGCUACUGGGGUUUCCAUGGACACUUCAGCCGGGAGGCGGAGCACCUGUUCCAGGCCCUAGAGUCGUCCUAUCAGAAGGCCCUGCAGUCUCACCUGAAGAGCUCUGACAGUAUCGUGUCCCUGCCUCAGUCUGACCGCUCCUCCUCCAGCUCCCAGGAGAGCCUAAACCGUCCCCUGUCGGUUAAGAGUCACAUUGGAAGCAGCAUAAGCCGAAGCAAAGGGGUGACCCCCAGGGUGUCGUCGACCCCCGGCUCCCUGCAGCGCUCCCGCAGCGACAUCGACGUCAACGCCGCCGCCAGCGCCAAGCACAGGAUGGUGGCCGUGCCCUCCGCCUCGCCCUUCAGCUCAGCUGCCGCCCUCCCCCCGGGGUCCUACGCCUCUUUAGACGGCACGUCGGGUAGACCCGAGGGCAGAGUUCGGGGCAGCACAGUGGGCGCGAACGCAACGGUGACAGACAGCAGGGGGCGCAGUCGGGCCAAAGUGGUGUCGCAGUCUCAGCCCGGGAGUCGGUCCAGCUCCCCGGGGAAGCUCCUAGGGCACGCCUACGGGAGGGUCCCGCGAGCGUCCGCCGCUGUCACGCCCUCCGACAAACGCACCAAGAUCCCCCGCAGCCAGGGCUGCAGCCGCGAGACCAGCCCCAGCAGACUGGGCCUGGCCCGGAGCAGCCGAAUCCCGCGGCCCAGCGUGAGUCAGGGCUGCAGUCGCGAGAGCAGCCGGGACACCAGCCCCGCCCGGGGCUUCACCCCUCUGGCCUCUCGACGUCACUCCCGUUCCACCAGCGCGCUCUCCACGGCCGAUUCCUCCGGCCAGUCAGACCGUUUUGGGCUGGUCCACCAUGCCCGGAUCUCGGCCUCUGUGAACGCCAUGCGGGUUUUGAACACCGGGACAGAGGUGGAGGCCGCGGUUGCGGACGCCCUGCUGUUAGGAGACUCCCGGAAUAAGCGGAAGCCCGUGAGGCGGCGGUACGAGUCGCCGGGGAUCUACUCGGACGACGACGCCAACAGCGACGCGUCGAGCGCCUGCUCGGAGCGCUCUUACGGCUCCCGGAACGGCGGGAUCCCGCACUACCUGCGCCAGACGGAGGACGUGGCAGAGGUGCUGAACCACUGCGCCAGUGCCAACUGGUCCGAGAGGAAGGAGGGCCUGCUGGGCCUGCAGAACCUGCUGAAGAGCCAGAGGAUACUCAGCCGAGUGGAGCUGAAAAGGUUGUGCGAGAUCUUCACCAGGAUGUUUGCAGAUCCACACAGCAAGCGUGUGUUCAGCAUGUUCCUGGAGACGCUGGUGGACUUCAUCACCAUCCACAGGGAGGACCUGCAGGACUGGCUGUUUGUGCUGCUCACGCAGCUGCUGAAGAAGAUGGGGGCCGACCUGCUGGGCUCGGUGCAGGCCAAGGUGCAGAAGGCUCUCGACAUCACCAGGGACUCCUUUCCCUUUGACCAGCAGUUCAACAUCCUGAUGCGAUUCAUUGUUGAUCAGACACAGACUCCAAACCUCAAGGUGAAGGUGGCCAUCUUGAAGUACAUCGAGUCCCUGGCCCGGCAGAUGGAUCCCGCGGACUUUGUGAACUCCAGCGAGACGCGGUUGGCCGUGUCCCGCAUCAUCACCUGGACCACAGAACCAAAGAGCUCCGAUGUCAGAAAGGCUGCCCAAGUGGUCCUGAUCUCGCUGUUCGAGCUGAACACGCCCGAGUUCACCAUGCUACUGGGAGCUCUGCCCAAAACAUUCCAGGACGGGGCUACCAAACUCCUGCACAACCACCUGAAGAACUCUAGCAAUGCUAGUGUGGGCUCUCCAAGCAACACCAUCGGACGCACCCCCCCUCGGCACCCCGCCAGCCGCACCAGCCCCCUCACCUCCCCCACCAACUGCUCCCACGGGGGGCUUUCACCCAGCAUGCUGGAGUACGACACUGAGAACAUGAACUCGGACGAGAUCUACAGCUCACUGCGCGGAGUCACCGAGGCCAUCCAGAGCUACAGCUACCGCAGCCAGGAGGACCUGAACGAGCCAAUCAAGCGCGAGGGAAAGAAAGACGACGCUUCCGGUCGCGAUGGGGUGGCAGCUUCCCCGGGCAUGGACCCGCGGCUGGGCAUGGAUGCAGUGGAGGGCUGCCGAACAGCGCUGGAUAACAAGACUUCGCUGCUCAACACCCCGUCCCCCCGCUCCUUCGCCGGGCCCCGAGGUCGAGAGUACAACCCCUACAGCUACGGCGACACCAUCAGCGCCUACGACAAGAGCGCCCUGAAGGAGGCGGUGUUCGACGACGACGUGGAGCAGUUCCGAGACGGCCGACGCCAGGACUGCGGUGAAAACAAGAUGUUGCAUCCCAAGGGCUUUGCUCCUAGUAAAGUUCCCCUGGACCACUCGGACCUGGUGGCAGACCUGCUGAAGGAGCUGUCCAAUCACAACGAGCGCGUGGAGGAGCGCAGGGGGGCGCUGGUCGAGCUGCUGAAGAUCACACGCGAGGACAACCUGGCCGUCUGGGACGAGCACUUCAAAACCAUCCUGCUGCUGCUGCUGGAGACGCUCGGGGACAAAGAUCACACAAUCCGGGCCUUGGCUCUGCGCGUGCUGAAAGAAAUCCUGCGCAACCAGCCGGCCCGCUUCAAGAACUACGCCGAGCUCACCAUCAUGAAGACCCUGGAGGCCCAUAAAGACUCCCACAAGGAGGUGGUGCGUGCAGCAGAAGAAGCUGCCUCCACGCUGGCAGGCUCCAUCCACCCGGAGCAGUGCAUCAAGGUCCUCUGCCCCAUCGUGCAGACAGCCGACUACCCCAUCAACCUGGCCGCCAUCAAGAUGCAGACCAAGGUCAUCGAGCGCAUCGCCAAGGAGUCUCUUCACCAGCUACUGCCCGACAUCAUCCCCGGUUUGCUGCAGGGCUACGAUAACACAGAGAGCAGUGUACGCAAGGCCAGUGUGUUCUGCCUGGUUGCUAUCUACUCUGUGAUCGGUGAAGAGCUCAAACCCCACUUGGCCCAGCUCACGGGCAGCAAGAUGAAGCUGUUGAAUUUGUACAUCAAGAGGGCCCAGACGACCAACAGCAACAGCAGCAGCUCCUCGGACGUGUCCACGCACAGCUAGCGGGGGUCGAACACGCGGCACCCUGCAGCCGGCCGCGUAAAACAGCUGUGCCUCUUAAAGACCUCUCCGUUCCACGUGCUCCCCCGCAGACCCGCUCAAGGGGAACAUUUUGCUUGUUGCAAUCAGUGUUUUCCGUUUAUCCCAUUUUCAUUCUCAUGUGAACUUAGCCUUUUAUUCCACACUGUAUCCCGCCCCCCACCCCUCCCCUGUUGUUUUAUAGAAUGAUGAAUGUAUGGAGGCCUGAGGCAGUGGUGAAUGCUUUCUACAGGUUUUUUUUUUGGUCGUUAUUGUUGCUCCUCUUUUUCAGUCUUCGGGAAACAGAGGAGUGUCACUCCAUAAUUCAGCCUCCUGCAUCUGGUAUAUUUUUUUUGAACUGCGGUCAGUUUAUUUAGCCAAGAGUGAAAAGUAGUUGUGUGAAAAUGAGUAAGCAGGUGGAGGGCAAGGCGUACUCCGGGUGCUUUGAAGCGAAAUCUUCAGCAGCUGCCCUUAAAAUGAAAAAGGCUAAAGAAAACAGUGCUUAAAAAAGUAAAGUUCGCAGCAUUCCGCAAAAUUGUUGUUCUUGGGAAAACACUAAACUCAAAAGAGCCUGCAUUUCAGAUACCUUUGUAAAGUGGUAGACUUGUUUUAGGUUUAAUCGUUCAUUUGAAUUUCGGUUUGUGAUUGACGAUCAUUUGGCUGGCCCAGUGAUUACAUGAAAGAAUUGUAACAGGGGUAAAAUUUAACAUUGAGGUUUGGGUACAAUAAUAACCAAAAAUUGUAGUAUUAAAAUUAGGAUAUUUUAUUUCCAUUUUAUGGGACUCUUUAUUUAACCAGUGUCUAAGGACCAUGCUGUCACCCCCUGUAUUUAGUCAAAUUUGCAUAGCAGUUUCUUCUGUUUUAUAUUUUACUUUUGUCAAUCACUAUGAAGGCCAGAUGAAGCCAGAGAAAUGUUGUCUUUUAUUAUUUUAGUAACAAAUCUAGUGAAACAAAUCAGAAUGUUUUGUAGGGACCUCAUUAAAUGAAAAGUAUUAGCAGACUGACUUGCUGGCAUAUUGCUUAGCUUAAGGAAAGGAUGACAAAGCUACUUGUAUGUGGUGAUGUCCUUAUCAGUGUUCUCUUUAUUUUGUGUAAGUUAUUGAUCACUUUAGUAAACUUAGAAUGUCAAGUUAGACCACAAUGUGAAGACAAACAAGUGAGGAAAAAGAUCAAUCAGAGGUCAUCCUUUUUUCCUGGAAAAACCUUGACAAUCGGAAAUGUAAAAUGUUUAUAACUGGUAAAUACCUUGAGACAAAAUGUUUAAAUAUAAAGUGCCAGUGAAUGAGAUUGUUCACGUAGACCUACUAUGGCAAAGAAAUGCUUAUGAGUAAGCCUGCCUAUUGCAAGAACACUGAUUUUUGGAGAGAAGAGAAAUCUCCAUUUAUUGGAUGUGCUGAUAAGUCAAAGCACUGUAAAUUCCAAAUCUGCAAUAUUUAAUCUAAUCAAUUUAAUCUUUUUAGCUUCACAAUCGACUGGGUUUGUCUAAUAAUAUGGCAUUUCAAGUGUAAUUCCAUACCAGAUUCCUGAUUACUAUGAAUGUUACUGGUACAUAUUUGACACUUAAGACACUACCAGGCCUUACUUUCUUUUUCAAAGUACUCUUUCGCUAUAUGGACUGUUAAAUACAGCCUUUUCUCCUCUAAUGUGAAGACGCAUUUAGUGCAUUUAGUUUAAUGCAUUUAAAAUGCCGGAAUAAAAUCAAAGGAAGGAACCUCUGUUUAUAAUUCCAAAUUUGUUGUCACCUACCCCACUGUAUAGUCAUAACUCUUGCAGUUGAAGAAAGAAAAUUAUUAAUGAGAACCACAAAUUUGUACAUUAUUUUCGCCGCUUCGCAGACUUAUUAGAAAGCAAAAAAGGGGUCACUACGACCUCAUGUUUUGCACGUUAGCAGUUAGCCUGCAUGUUUCAGCUACACUUCUUUUCGCUGCUACUUGAUUCUGAUUUAACAGCAAGCACCCUGGCCACUUUUUGCAGCCCACUUAACCUGUACAUACAGUAUUAAUUUCAGCCUGUGGAGCAAAUGAGUCUAAAUGUAACUGAGCUCAAUGGGUUGACCAAAAUCUCCAAAUAUCCAUGGUUCCACGGGCUGCGGCCUGCUGCCUUUACAGAACAGACGUAUGAAGUACCUUAGUUCUUCUGUAGUGCAGCGCAUUGAGGCAUGUGGCUUUUCAAGAAAGUACACUGUGCGCGUGCCUUGGCUCUGUUUGGCAGUACUUUUUAAAUGGCUUACUAAACCGCUUAAGACCAUGUACAAGUAAUUUGCAAUUUUGUCAUAUGGAACCCUCGAACCGUUGCAAAUAAUUAUCUGUCUAAUUGCUGUAAGGGGAAAGCCAGUGUUUUGUAGAAGAUGACAAAAGUGGUUUACUGUUCAUAUUACUGCGCUGACGCAUCGCCCAUUAGAAAUCGUAUCCUAGCAAAUCGUUAUCUGCGCAUGUUCUGUUUAUCUUUUUCUUUUUGCUUUUGUCAUGUAAUAUCCAUAUCUGUAUUUAUAUUUUUUGUUUUAUUUUGUGUGUAUUAUGACAACUGUACAGACUACCCUUUUUUGUUAACACCCUCAUGUGAUAGAAUUUGCGAAAAUAUAAACUUCAGUUUGCUCUAGAAAUAAACCGACUUUAAAGCUC